AUGACGCUGCUGCUCUCUGUUGUUAACCUAUUGGAUUUCUGCGUCAAGAUAAGGAAGGGUCCGCAAACCCUUGCGGCAGAUUGGUACCGGCUGAGGAAUGAUCCAUCCUACCAACCACGCCCGGUUACUCUCGUGCAAAUAACCCAGUCUACCAUGCCAACUGAAUCCUCAAGCGUCUUGCCGAAGGCAGAAGACCCAAAGCCGGAAGGCUCCCAGGAAAGCACUGGUGCGCGGCAGGUUGACGGGUCGUCUGAAACGUCAGAACAGAAUUCGCAGGGACCCCUAUCACAAGAAUUGAACACAACCGCACGAGCAAUGCACGAUGAGAAUCAAUGGACUCCCUCGGUCGAGCUGCACUGGCAUGAGCUUCCCCCUGCGCAGCAGCUAGCUCCGGCUAAUGGCGAUGAUGCAGUUGAGGUGAAUGAACCUGCGCUGUCACUCCAAGUUGUUCAUGAUUAUGCUCUUUUAUUACGUGAUGGCAUUGCGUGGCUCGGAGAAUGCAAUGUUUCUUGCUCGGACUACCGGGCCGCCUUCAAGCUCGGACGGUAA